CUUUUUCUUGACCAUUAGCCAUGUCAGCUAAAGGUUUUGCAUCUCCUUCUCCAAUUUCUGUCUUCACCUUGACUACUUCCAUUGCAUUAUCGGAGGUCAUUUUGAAUUCCGCACCAAACUUUCAGCCUCAAAUAGAGUACCGCAGAAGAGAUACUUCCGCCACAAUACACAUGUGGAUAACUUUUCCUUGAGUGAAAGUUGCUGCAGUCUAGUAAAAGCAAAUGGGCAAGGACAAAAAAGAGAAACGCCAGUCCGAUGUUAACGACGAAACUGAAAAAGAGGAGUCAUGGGAAGAGAAAACAAAAUACUUAUGUUCCAUUGCUAAGCCUUUGGCAACAAAGAAACUCACAAAACGAUUGUACAAAACCAUCCGUAAAGCAUCCAAACAAAAGAACUUUCUCAGAAAAGGUGUUCGGGAGGUACAGAAAUUUAUCCGAAAAGGAGAAAAAGGGAUUGUUGUGCUGGCAGGAGAUGUAAGUCCUCUAGAUGUAAUUUCCCACAUGCCUGUUGUGUGUGAAGAUGCUGACAUUCCCUAUUGCUAUGCACCCUCCAAAGAUGAUCUGGGAUCAGCAUGUGGAUCAAAACGACCAACUUGCAUGGUGCUAGUGAAGACACAUACAGAUUAUAAGGAUUACUUUGAUGAGUGUGUUGCUGGAGUUAAAGAACUACCAUUGCCAUACUGAAUGUUUGGGGGGGGUUUUUGUUGUUGUUUUUUUUUUAAUUCAGACCAUGCAUUUUUCUCAUUUUGGAAGAGGAGAUUUUAUUAAAACAAGCCUGUUAACGCUU